GACGCGACCAAAAUGAGGCAUGAACAAGUUGUUGUCGACUAUUGGGCUAUGUUUAAGACAUCAGGCCUAUGCCUUUUAUUGGCCUUAUGUGGAUAUGUACUGCUCAAAAUGAUACAGACAAUAUUUUGGCUGCCUGGACACUUGUCAAAGAAUCAAUUGCGUCUGGAGGAAAUGGCCAAGCAAUUGGCAAGCGAGUUGGGUGAAGAUGAAAGAGCCGAAAUGGAAAAACUCUUCAAUAGCAAUGAACCACUGACAGAGGAGCGUAUUAACCAAUUUUUGGAUAAGCCAUCGAAUCAAUUGGCGGCAGAGGAACCAAAGAAGGAGCUAUAGAAUGGCAUAAAUUAAUUAUAAUUAAGUUAAUACACAAUUUGACUUUAUUCUUACAUUAGACAUUAACAUACACAGACAGAUAUUGUUUUGUUUUUCUUUUAUUGUAAUAAUACGAAUACAAUAUUUCGGUAUAUCGCGUUCUUAACUGGCAAACAAACAAAAAAUCAAUCAAACAAACAAUUAUUUAAUCAAUAAUGCAUGUAGUAUUCAGUUUAUUUAUUUAGGCGAAAUAA